CUAUUCCCAUCUGAAUUCAGAAUCCGACCUUUCCCUCCGAUCAAUAAAUCUAUUUUGUCAAGAAUCCCGACUCCUCAAUUAGUACCAGCCGUACUAUUAGUAAUUAGACCUGUAGACUCAGUGGUCACUCCUCGCCACCUUCUUCCCCAUCUCUCGCUCCUCCUCCAACCAUAUUAUGCUCUUUUCCCCUCAAAUUCUGUAACAGAAUCUGAUUCCAAUCUCAACCCAAAAACCUUUUCCUCUUCCCACCUCCAACCCUUGUCCAAAGAUUAAAUUUUGAUACCAAUUAUCCAAUUUCUGUCUGAGGUAUUAUAACUUUUACGACUAUUAAACAUAAACAUUACCCCACAACCUUAUUAUUUCCUUACUCCUAGAAUCACAGACCAAAAUUUUGUCUUCUCCAGCUUUCUUUGAUCGGAGAGUCUGUAUCUUUAUGAAAAGAUUGUCUUUUUCUUAUCUCUGUCUGUAAUCCAUUCUACGUGCAAGGAAGACUGGAAAGCUAUUGUGGAAAGCUACAAAUUACCGUACCCACUCCAAAGCGGCAUUGAUCCUUCUUUGGCCAUUUGGUUCAGAAAGUAGAGUCCAAUAAAAAUCCAUUAAGGACCAGUGACAGUAAAUUACAUUUCGUUGCUGAAUUGAUGAGAAAGUGAGGCAAACUGAACUCAUGAUAGACUUCAGCCAUGGGGUCCUUGAACAUGGAGAAGAGAUGGGUUUUUCCUCUUGCAAUCAGUUCACUGGUAUGCCUUUUCCUUAUUGCAACCUCGUUCAAUAUGGGGAUGGUUUCAUCAUUGCAAAGCAUCAACUCAAUCUUCUCAAUGUUCCCCUCUCGUGCAACUGCUAAUCAAACGAGCCAAUUAUUUGUUGAAGCAAAGGUUAACCAAUCUCCACCACCUCCAGCUGCUCCACCAGUUCCGCGUUUUGCGUAUCUGGUAUCAGGAUCAAGAGGUGAUCUAGAAAAGCUUUGGAGAACUCUCCAUGCAUUGUAUCAUCCACGGAAUUAUUAUGUUGUACAUUUGGACCUGGAAUCCCCUGCAGAGGAGAGGCUGGAGCUUGCUUCCCGGGUUGAGAAAAAUCCCAUAUUUUCUAAGGUUGGGAAUGUAUUCAUGAUUAAAAAGGCUAACAUGGUUACUUAUAGAGGGCCCACCAUGGUCUCUAAUACGCUUCACGCUUGUGCCAUUCUUCUCAAGAGACACAAGGAUUGGGAUUGGUUUAUUAACCUAAGUGCUUCAGACUACCCAUUGGUGACUCAAGAUGAUCUUCUGCAUACCUUUACUGGUUUAAGGCGGGAUUUGAAUUUCAUCGAGCACACUAGCCGAUUGGGCUGGAAAGAGAAUCACAGGGCAAUGCCGUUGGUCGUGGAUCCCGGGCUCUACCAGGACACAAAGUCUGAUAUAUUCUGGGUCCAACCUAAGAGAACUUUGCCCACUUCAUUUAAGCUCUUUACUGGUUCUGCAUGGAUGAUCCUGUCGCGUGCUUUUGUGGAGUACUGCGUCUGGGGUUGGGAUAACCUUCCUAGAACUCUACUUAUGUACUAUACAAAUUUUGUGUCCUCUCCUGAGGGCUAUUUUCAGACAGUUGUUUGCAAUGCCCCAGAAUUUGUACCCACUAUUGUCAACCAUGACAUGCACUACAUAGCUUGGGAUAAUCCCCCAAAACAGCAUCCGAAAACCCUCCACCUGAAUGACACAGCUCCAAUGAUUGCAAGCGGUGCUCCAUUUGCUCGUAAGUUCAGGGCAAAUGAUCCUGUAUUAGAUAAACUUGAUAACGAGUUCCUCGGUCGCAAAAAUGGUAGCUUCACACCCGGUGGCUGGUGCCGCGGUAAACCUCGUUGCUCGAAGGUUGGAAAUCCUGCGAAGCUGAAACCAGGCCCUGGUGCUGAACGCCUGCGCGGUCUAGUAGAUAAUAUAGUUUUGUCCCCAAGAUUUAGCGAGAAUCAGUGUAAGUAGAUUAUAGUGUAUCAUUCUUGCUUGCAGAUUAAAAAGGGCAAGCUAAAUUUACUUCCAUAAGCCCCAACGAUUCUUUGUUGGAAGCUGGAGUAUUAUAUCAAUGACACUGCACAGUUAACAUCAUUU